CGUAGCUAAAACUCUCAUUCAGUUCCUUGUUAAUUUUCAGUGCCAUGGCUGAAUAUAACCCCAAAAGUUCUCUCUUGUUAAUAUCUCUCUCCAUCUGUGCGAUGUUUCUCAUCAACAACAUUCUUGCAGUAGAUGGGAAAUCUCAAACUUUCGGUAGAGUUCUCAGUUUACCAAAGCUAGGACUCAAAAAGCAAAAACUCAGUCAUUUUCACAUGUAUUGGCACGAUGUUGUUGCUGGCUCCAGGCCUACAGCAGUUGUAGUUGCAAAGGCACCUACAACAAGCAAAUCCAACAAUUAUUUUGGAGGUGUUGUAAUGAUAGAUGAUGCCUUAACAGAAGGGCCGGAAUUGAGCUCGAGACUCAUUGGGCGAGCUCAGGGAUUUUAUGCAUCGGCUGGAAUACAUGAAGCGGCUACACUAGUGAAUAUGAAUUUAGCUUUUAUAGUUGGCAAAUACAAUGGAAGUACUUUAAGUAUCAUGGGAAGAGAUAAAACAUUAUCGCCGGGAGUUAGAGAAAUGCCGAUCAUUGGUGGUAGCGGACUAUUCCGAUUUGCUCGUGGUUAUGUUCAACUCCGAACUCAUCAUAUGAAUUCUACUAGUGGUGAUACUACUAUAGAAUACAACAUCUAUGUAUUUCAUUACUGAAGAUCAUCCAUUUUAAUUUUCUCGCUACCGUCUCAAAAGGAUACUAUCUCGUUCUAGAAAAAUGUUAUUUCGUUUUUCUAAAAAUGGAGGGAGUAUUAAAUUCAAUAAAAUGUACGAGUAAUGUUAAUUGUUUGGUGUGUGUCACCUGUUGAAAA